AUGGCAGGGCUCUUCCAGUGCAAUAAGUAUUUCAGAGGGAUGCUUCAGUUAAAAGUUAUAGCAGAUGACAUGUCUGAUGGUUGGCCAUCUGCCUUGUUUGCCCAUUCUCGCUGUAGCGAGCCCUGUAAGCCUGGAUUCAGGAAAGCUAAAUUAAAAGGGCAACCAAGUUGCUGUUAUACUUGUGUACUGUGUGCCGAUGGGGAAAUGUCUAACAUAACAGAUGCCCAGAGUUGUACAAAAUGCUCUAAAUAUGAAAGGUCAAACAGGGGCAGAACCAGCUGCAUCCCGAGGGAUAUAAAUUACCUUUCCUAUGAUGACCAUUUGGGUUCUACUUUAUCCUCCAUCUCUGUAACAUUCUCCAUCUCUUGUGCUGUAAUCCUGGGAAUCUUUAUAAAGUACCGCGAGACUCCUAUAGUGAGAGCCAACAACCGAUAUCUCAGCUGUCUCCUCCUCAUCUCUCUCAUGUUGUGUUUCCUCUGCACUUUAUUAUUCAUUGGGCGCCCAACUCAGAUAUGUUGUCUCCUCCGACAAGUAACAUUUGGGAUUGUAUUUACUAUUUCUGUUUCUUCUGUGUUGGCUAAAACUCUCACAGUUAUUAUUGCCUUCAAUGCCACAAAGCCUGGGAGCAAGCUGAAGAAGUAUGUAGGAACCCAACUGGCCAUCAUAUUAGUCAUUGUAUGUUCUUCAGGUGAGAUUAUUAUCUCCAUUGUAUGGUUGGUCUCCAAUCCCCCAUUUCCAGAGGCUGAUACUCUCUCUGACCCAGACUAUAUUAUUCUCCUGUGCAAUGAAGGGUCAGGCUUUUUCUUCUUCUGUAUAAUUGGAUAUAUAGGAACGUUGGCCCUACUAAGUUUCAUUGCUGCAUUUCUAGCCAAGGAUUUCCCUGACCGAUUUAAUGAGGCUAAAAACAUCACUUUCAGUAUGUUGGGGUUCUGUAGUGUGUGGGGGGCAUUUGUCCCUGCAUACCUGAGCAGUAAGGGCAGUAGAAUGGUGGCAGUUGAGAUAUUUGCCAUCUUAUCCUCCAGUGCUGGGUUAUUGGGCUGUAUAUUCAUUCCCAAGUGCUAUAUUAUAUUUCUAAGGCCUGAACUGAACACAAAAGCCAACAGAAUUAUUUAG